AAAAUUUGAAAUUCUCAAUCCUUUCGUACCUCUCUUCGCUAAAUUGAAAUUUCAGUGCCUGACCCAAAGCCAGUCCUCUCUCGCCUUCAGGUUUCUGACAGACCAUGAAAUUAAAUCAGGCCGAUUCCACUGCGGAUGAUCUUGAGCCUCUGUUCGAUUACCGCCGUGUUCAGCCGCUGAACAUUGUUUGCUUAGACGAUGACUGUUCAGAUACUUCACCAGUUCCAUCACCAAAACGGAGGAAAUUUGCUAAUCCCGAUGUUGCGGAAGUAGAUUUGGAUAAAGAUGUUGAAGUGAUAAAAGUGGUGAAUGUUGAAGAGGAGGAUUGGUUGGCUCCCCCUCCUGUGGUUUCAACUAAAGCUUAUAGCAAGAUUGGUGAGGAUUCAACCAUAAAGGAGUUAAGGCGAAGGAAACAGGAAUUGCUUUCGUUUGCACAAUCUGCAAAAAUCAUGUUGCAAGAAGUGGAGGAAUCUGCAAAGCAAGAACCGAGUGGUUCCUCGAAACCUUCUUUAGAUGCUGUAGCCGAGCAACCAAAAAAUCCUGCUCCUGAAAGGGCCAAAAUAGUUAUUUCGAUCCAGAACAAGGAUGAAAUCAAGCAAUUUCGUAUAUACAUGGAUGACAAGUUUGAGAAGCUCUUCAGCUUGUAUGCCAAUAGAGCUAAGCUUGACCUGCAAAGCUUAGUAUUUUCUUUUGAUGGCGAUAAAAUUAAUCUGGCUGCAACCCCUGCAAGUCUAGGAAUGGAGGAUGACGACAUUAUUGAGGUGCAUGAGAAGAAGAGCUGAUCAAGACAUUAUGUUUGAAUCUUGAUAUGUUGACUAUGAAAUGAUUUUAGGAUGUUAAGAGUCCGAAAGGUUUCAAGACAUUGAUUAAAACAUUGAAGCAGCGCGUUCUUCUGUAUCAUCCUUUCAAUGAUAGUUUAUGUUUCACAUUUCACAAUUGUACAGUGGGAUGGUGAAAAUGUUUUGGAAAUGUAUCACAAACUUUCUUUAUCAAAGCUUUUCCCAUAGUCUUGAUGUGGGGCAAUGAUCCAUAGUUUCACAAAAUGUAACUCAUUAACGGUGCUUUGAUAAACUCGCUUUUGUGAAACCAUAAAACGUGAUGUUAUCUUCA